AGGAGAUGCCGCCCAUGGUGACGUGCAAGAUGGGUGACUACCAGCACAGCUUCGUGUUUCACUUGUUGGAUGAGGUGGUGGCGCAGAGUUGGCUGCCGCGGGCCCAGGUGAACCACCGCUGGGAGAUUGAGGAACCGGCUACGGAGUGCCACUUCGGAUACAAGUGGGUGGCGCUGUCCGACUGGGGCCCUUGUUUAGGAGAGGGCGCGCUGCUGUGCUCCUGGCUCAAGGGCCUCUUCCACAACCGGCGCGGCGAGUUCAUGUCGCAGGUGGCGAAGCUGGUGCCGACCCUCGGAGACAAGAUCGAGGUGUCGCUGAAGCGGUUCAACCGCACGGAGUCCUCGGAGUUCAGGGACUUCCGGGCGCCGCAGCCGGUGCCGCGGCCCGCGGUGCCCAGCAAACCCCCCGAGGAGCUCCGGGCGUGGCUGGCCCACGUCUUCCAUGGCUUCGCCCAUUUGCCGGACGACGACUCUUCCAAGCGCGAGGAGCUGGUGGCGUCCCUGUGCUGCCGCUGGGCGGUGGAGUGUGAGGAGGUCACCUCCCUGCCCGAGAAGUGCCUCGCACCCAGCCAGGCAGCCCCGCACGCCGAGGGCGGCGCGAGCGGCGGGAGCUUUCUGUGCUUCCACGGCACCUCCCAGGUGGCAUGCCGGCAGAUCGCCCAAGAUGGCUUCGACGCCUCCAGAAGGUCGGCCUCCCUGGGCAAGAUCGUGCCGUAUUUGGUGGGCGAAUAUCUGUCCUCCGACCCAAAAGUGGCAUUGAAGUAUUCGCGGCAGAAGGAGAUUGGCAAGGACACCCUCAGCAUGCUGGUGGUCCAGGUCCCAGAGUCGAACUUCGAGAUGCGGAACGGCGUCUGGUUCCAGCGCAAGCUCGCGGAGCCUGCUGAGGAACCCAAAGAUGGCGCCAUACCCAGGCCAGAUUUCGGCCAGAGCUCCACGCUGGUCUGCGCGGACGAGCGCGUGCUGGUGCCGCGGGCGAUCUUGACGUUUCGGCCCUCCCGGUCGGUGCUGAAGUCGAGCUCGGCCAUGGUGAACUACGACGUGGGGGUCACAGAGGCCUCCUUUAGAAAGGAGCUGCGCCUCUCCGAGGAAGCGCUGCCGGCAGCGGUGCUGUUUGACCUGGACAUGACCUGCUGGCCCUUCACGUUGGGCACGGAGAGUCGAGGUCCCCCCUUCAUCACGUUGCCGGAGGUGGGCGCAGCUGCAGACAGUGUGGGCCGGCGCCUACGUCUGUGCAAGGUGGGUCUCCCUUUAAGCGGAGCCCAAGUCGGCCCUACGUCGGCUCCCGUCUCAUUCGAGGACAUCCCGGAGAUCUUUCGCACGCUGAAAGAGGCGGAGAUCCCCAUCGUCCUUUGCAGCCGCUCCAACGUGCCCAACUGGUGCCGGGAGUUCAUGGCAGCGUGCCGGAGCCAAGCCAAGACCUCCGAGGAGGGUGAGGAAGCCGAGAGCGGCGCGAGCGGCGCGAGCGGCGCGAGCGGCAGCUCUUCUUCGGGCAAGGUGGGGGACAUGCUGCACGCGGCCUCGGUGAUUCGGCCUGGGAUCAAGAAGCUGGGCCACUUGAAAGAGAUCCGCGCGGCUUUGGACGUGCCCUUCCAUCGGCUGCUGUUCUUCGAUGACGACCAGCGCAACUGCGACGACGGGAAGCUGUUGGGUGUAAGGUGUGUGAAGGUUCCACGGAAUGGUGCCGGCGUCACCAUGGACAUUUUCACCGAGGGCCUGCGCACGUUUUCGCAAGCCGCAAAGGUGCCGAACAAAAAUCUGGGCCAGACGCUUCCUGAUCUCAAAGAUUGGCGCAUGGGUCACUUGCCGAGCUUGGUGAAUCCAAGCACUGGCGGAGGGUAGAGGGUAGCUUGGGCGCUUGCUUCUCGCCGGAUUUGAAGCCCUUGCCCAAAAGGGGCACCAAAGAGCAACUGACAAUAUUGCACUUGGCCAGCGCCAAAGAGUUGUGA